AUGGGAAGUCAACUUCUUAAGCUCUCCGUUUUUUCUUCAGGUCAUGUUAUUACAACUUCAGGUUCUAAUGGUGCUAGUGAACAAAAGCUCAAAAGAGGCAUUUUGAUUCUCAAACCACUUUUAUCCUAUUAUAGAAGAUAUUGGUCGGCAGCUCCAAGGAGAUCCUGGGCUGUUCUCAAAUCCACCUCCACUGAUCCAUUCUCAAAAGUAGCAAUAAUGGGAGUCCUAGACCUGGAUGAGGCGAUUUCUCCAAAGUGUGGAUUUUUUUCCUUGUUGGACUGUAAUACUUCAGGGUGGAUACGAAGUUUUGUAGCAGAUUACUGGAUAUGCAUAUCAUCGAUUUGGUGCUGCAAUUGCAUGGAUGCUAAUGGGUGCAUUGAUCUUGGUGGCCUUUUAAGGGUUACAGCAGGUUAUGGAACAAAAGUAUCGCUCUCUGUUGGAUCGGAUGGACAACCGGAUAUCAUCAAGGAGUGGCAGAUUGAGGAAAGGCAGCUGAGAUUUGCAUCAAUGGUAUAUUUGGGUGAGCAGUAUGUGAAAUACCCUACACUUUCUGAUGUAACUUUAAUGAUUGAAGGCAAAAGGUUUUAUGCUCACAUAAUCUGCCUGCUUGCUUCUUCUGAUGCGUUUCGGGCAAUGUUUGAUGGUGGUUAUAGGCAAGGGACACAAGAAAGAGAUCAUUCUUCAGAAAGGAUUGGUAUGUUCUCACGAAAGGUAUGGAAUUGUAGAAGGGUGAAUCUGAGGGUGCAUAGUGUAGUGAAGAAAGCACAUCUUGGCCUUGUUACAGCCCUAGCCUUCUCACAGGAUUCAAGAGCCCUGGUGUUUGCAUCUCUUGAUUCAAGUGCAAGGGUCACACAAAUCAAAGAAACCAAAAACAAUGAAGAGAAAACACACACUGAUAAGAACAUGUCAACCAUGUUUGAUGUGUUGAGAAGGAACAGAACUGUACAGCUUGAAACUUUAGUCCUGAAAUGUAAACCCUGGUUGAUGAUUUGUCAUGAAUGUUCAGACUAUUUUCCAAAAAUACCCCAUGGAUUGGAUCCUGUCUAUAGUAUGUUUAAACAGCAUGUUGCUGCUGAAGGAACAACCUUGGUCAAACAGUCAAAAGAUGCUGCAAGUAAUAAGAAGGUGGAAAAGCGAUUGCAGGUUCAUCCUGCUACAUGA